CCUUACAGGCUCUCACCCUCACUUGGUGCGCACCGUCCCGUCUCUUGCUCAUCGGGCCUGCAGUGCCUUGCCGCUUUCCGUCACGCGCAACCCGCCGACCGGAGAAUGGAGUUGGACACGAUUCUGAAUCAGAGAUUAACAGCAUCCCUAGGAAACGGAGCGCUCACCAUGCAACACGCAAUGCAACCCCAGCACUUCGGUGCACCGCCGUCCUACCUUAAUGGCGGCCACAUCAAGUCGGAGAACGGCUCGGAGCGUGGCGUGUCGCCUCACCCGUCAGACUCGUCGCGCUACUCGUCGCAACAACCGCAGCAGCAACUCCCCUCGUAUCCCUCGAUCCCCCAACAGCACAUGAACGGCCUGCGCUACCCCUCGCCCUCGCAAAUGCAGGCGCCCAUGCCCAUGCUCAACAACAGUAAUUACAUUCCCAACCCGCCAGACCACGCGUACGCGCAGCAGCAGCAGCAGAUGGCGGACGCGCAGGUCCAACACCAACACAACGGUGGGCGCCCCGCAUCGGACACGGGUCCACCUAAGGCCUUCGCGUGCUCGACUUGUGGUAAAGGCUUCGCGCGACGCAGUGACCUCGCACGUCAUGAACGUAUCCACAGCGGUAUCCGCCCUCACGUGUGCGACUACCCCAACUGCGGCAAGCAGUUCAUCCAGCGCUCCGCCCUGACGGUUCACCAACGUGUCCACACUGGCGAGAAGCCUCACAUGUGCGAGCGAUGCGGAAAGCCUUUCAGUGAUUCUAGUUCGCUGGCCCGUCACCGUCGCAUCCACUCCGGCAAGCGCCCGUACAAGUGCCCAUACGCCGACUGCCAGAAGACUUUUACGCGUCGUACUACCUUGACCCGUCACCAGAAUCACCACACCGGUACUGUUGAAGAGGCCGCUGCCGCCACUGCUGCUGCGCUCGCAUCGCGUGCCUCUGCCUCGAGCAGGACUGGCCGCUCUGACGGUGGUGACUACUCCGAGACAGCAUCACCGCUCGGUACGCCCUCCCCUAACGACCGCACACUCUCCCUCUCGCCCGCAAAUGGUAUGCCUGCUGGUGGCAUGCCUGGCCUGCACCGCCAGGGCUCUGACUACGCCUACAUGGGCGGUAUGAACGUUCCUCCUCACAUGCGUCACGAGAUGCCCCAGCCUAGCCCUCGUGCGUCCCCCGCACUCACAGCUCAGUCGUACGCAUCCAACGUGAGCGGCUCUCGCCCAGCGAUUACCUCGCACCCGAGCGCUUACGGCCCACCGCCGAUUCUUGAGCCUCCUGCGUCCGCAAACCACAACCAGUCCGGAGGCACCACCAGCGCCAACGGCAGCCCUCACAUGUCCGCCAUGGGCUGGCAAUCACCUGGUCAACAGGCUCUCCCCUCUCCUGGAGCUCAAGACAACAACUACGUCUACCCAGAGCCCCAGUAUCAAGCACAAAACGGCAUGUACUACCAGCAAAACAACAUCCGUCGGCCCAACAGCACCGAACCGGACCACUACAACCCCAACCACCGGGAGAUGGGCAACGGAAUUCUUCCCAUCUCCGGGUUGAGGUUAUCUGGCGGCGGUUUUUCAUGGGUUUCUCGUCCAUCCCUCUCUCCAUCGGGAGCUCGAGACGGGAUGGCAGGCGUUGGGCGUGCCUCAUACACACCAAGACCGGCAAGGGCGUCCUGGCUUGUUCCGUUUUGUCUUGUUUUUCAUAUGCACCGGCAAAUCUCUCUAGACUGCCUCGCAUUACGUCUAUCCACGUCUCUCCUGCAUGCCCAUUUUACCCCAGCUUGCCACAACCCACGCUGCCACACCUUGCCAUUCUCACCAUCGCUGGGCAAUCAAUUCCGACGACAAUCCGCGCUGUUGAUUGCUUGCGCUCACGGAAAUUACGUCGCGAACAUGAGUAAAAUCGCGAGAUCGGUCAAGAACGUGACCAAGGGGUACAGCCAAGUCGAGGUCAAGGUCCGCAAUGCGACCAGCAACGACCCAUGGGGCCCGGUCGGGUCUGACAUGGCCGAGAUCGCUCAAAUCACCUUCAAUAGCUCGACCGACUUCUAUCAGGUCAUGGACAUGCUCGACAAGCGACUCAACGACCGAGGCAAGAACUGGCGUCACGUCCUCAAGUCGCUGAAGGUGCUUGACUACUGUCUCCACGAAGGCUCAGAGCUCGUCGUAACGUGGGCGCGCAAGAACAUCUACAUCAUCAAGACAUUGCGCGAGUUCCAGCACACCGACGAGGAUGGUCGCGAUGUCGGCCAGAACGUUCGAAUGGCAGCUAAAGAGCUGACUUCGCUCAUCCUCGACGAAGAGCGCCUGCGCGCCGAGCGAGCCGACAGGAAAUCGUGGAAAUCGCGGGUAACGGGCAUCGAAGAGUACCCCGGUGGAGGCCACCACGGUUCAGAUGGCGGGGAGAGAGCCACGCGCCCGCGCAACGGUGAACAGCGUCGCAACCGUAGAACGGAAGAAGAAGAUCUCGAGCUGAGACUAGCGCUUGAGGCAAGCAAGAACGAGGCAGAGGAGGAGAAGAAGCGCCGUGAACGUGGGGCCAGAGUCGAAGACACCGACGAUGACUUGGAAAAGGCCAUCAAGCUGAGCAAAGAGGAGGAGGAGCUGCGCCGGAAGGAACUCGAGCAGACUAAUGCCGACCUACUUUUUGGCGAAACCACCGCACAGCCGAACACCUACCAGCCCACGGGCAACAACCAGGGAUACCAGCAGCAGGGCCAAGUGGACUGGUUCGGUAACCUGAUGGACCAGAACCAGCAGCAGCCUCAGAACACUGGCUUCCUCAACAACGCAUACUCACAGCCCACGGGCAUGCAGCCUCAGCAAACUGGCUUCCAGAAUGGUUUCGGCGGCUACGGUGGCUUCCAACAGCAGCCCCAAAUGCCACAACCUACCGGCUUUGAUCAGUUCGGCGCUCAGCAGCAACAGCAGCAGCAAUACAUGCAGCCCCAACACACGAUCCAACCUCAGCAAACCUCGUUCAACAACAACCCUUAUGGUCAAUUUGGAGGUGGAGGCUUUGGUGACAUGGGUCAGCAGCAACAGCAACAACCGCAGCAGGAGCAGAAUGCACUCCAGCCCGGCAGUCAUAACCCGUGGGCAAGCAACCAGACUCAAGAGUCGCUCAAGCCGCAGCCCACUGGCUCCAAUAACCCAUUCGCUCAGUCUUUCAACCGACCGCAGCCCACUCAGACCUUCACGCAACCGACGUUGAACACGUUGAGCGAGCAGAAGACCCAGACCCAGUUCAACAACACCUCGUUCAACCCUCCAGUAUCCUUCUCUCCUGCACCGGCAGCGCAACCACAGCAGCAGCAGCAGCAGCAGCAGCAGCAGCCACAGGCGCCACAAAAAGAGAUGGACCCGACCGCAGCCAGACUCAACGCGCUUCUUGCAACAGGCGAAGGUCAGGACACUUUCGGCAACGUUGGAAACAUGCGUAUACCAGCUCAGCACACAGCUCCUGGGACGUUCGUCAACUCGGCUGGUGCGGGCUUGAACCGGGUCAACGCCAACGCUACCGGUAACAACCCGUUCUUGAACUCUCAGUUCACCGGCAUGCCCCAGCAAAACCGCAUGAUGCCUGCGGCAACUGGCCCAGCGAGCAACUUUGGCGCCAACCCUUACGGCAGCGCGAAUCCGUUCGGUGCUCAGCCUCAGCAGCAGCAGCAACCCCGUCAGCCUGGUGCCAACAACCUAAUAGACUUAUAG